UAAUUGUUCUCCAAUGAGGUUCGGUUUAACUUUUCAGUGUAAGUAUGUGUUCCUGCAAUAAAAAGUAAUUUAUUCUAAGGCUUUUAUGAGGUGGCCGCCACUUCGCGGUGUGCAGCUUARAUUAAAUGCGAKCCUGUUAUUUAUUUGGAGUCUUUUUCUAACCUAUCUCUGUGUGUACCUGUCCCCAUUCACUCAGCUUUUCUGGAAGACUUAUUCUAAGAAUCUAAUUAUAGCGAAAGGUAAUUAAGUUAAUAGCUCAUGGAGGUAGCGUGUUCUCAGAAAAGCGAGAUGGAUGCCGCGGGAAAGGAGAGGUGAUGAGGGCACACCCUCCGUGUUUGGAUUUACCUUUUACAAACACCUAUUCUCGGGGAGAGAAAGAGAGAGAGAGAGAGAGAGAGAGAGGAAGAAGAGGAGGAGGAGGAGGGAGAGUUUGCCCCACAUCUUCACAGCUAAAACUGUCUCCGUCGCUGAGACAGUCCGAGAUGGAGCCGUCUGUGGGCAACGGAGCGCAGCGUUUCCACUCAUGGAUCCACACAGAAAAGGAGGAUUUUGGUGAAAAGCGAAUAUAAACAACAAACGGAGUCCGAAAUCAACCCCGCUUUCAUCCACCAUAUGGAAUCAAACUUCAUAUUAAACUAUUUUAAAGGUUCUCUUGUAGCAACAGCCUGAGUCUGAUUGGGAACUGAUGUGUGUCAUGGGGAUAUGGUGAGGCGAUGUGCACAAGCUUGUGUGAGAAGAGAUGUGGCACCGUCAGUGGAGGAAGAGGAAGGGGGACAGGUGAAAAGCUGGAUCUUUACUCAUGGCUGUGCAUGUCACUCUUGUUCUCGACCCUGUGGGGUCAAGCAACCCCGCAGUGCCCGGACAGCUGCCACUGUGCCUGGGAGACAGCCACUGUGUUGUGCUCGGACGCAGGGCUGCAGGAAAUCCCAGAGGGGAUCCCACCAGAGACGGUUUCCUUACACCUGGAGCGCAACUACAUCCGGAACAUCCCAGAGAGUGCCUUCAGCCACCUGGUCCACCUGCGGGACCUCUACCUGUCCCACAAYCGCAUCGACUCUCUCUCCUCUGGGGCCCUGCGGCACCUGGGACCCGACCUGCGCCUGCUGGACCUCUCACACAACCAGCUGAGGCAGGCCAGCAGGGAGGAGUUUGGGUCUACUCGCGCCAAGACGCGGCUCUAUCACAAUCCCUGGCACUGUGACUGCACUCUGCAGGAGCUAAUGGAGACUCUGAACCUGGAGCCCGAGACCGUGAACGGGAUCAUCUGCGAGAGCUCCGUGCGGGGUGUGGGGGAGGGGAGCCGGUGGGAGGACCCGGGRUCACCAGGCGAGCACUCAGGUCAGCCGCUGGUCAAGCUGCUGGACUCCGGGGUGAACUUCUGCAGCCUGCAGAGGAAGACCACGGAUGUAGCCAUGCUAGUGACCAUGUUUGUGUGGUUCUUCAUGGUCAUUGUGUACGUUGUGUACUAUGUCCGGCAGAACCAGGCUGAGGCCCGGAGGCAUUUGGAGUACCUGAAGAGUCUACCCAGCCCACGUAAGACCCCUACAGAGACAGACACUCUGAGCACGGGCUUCUGAGCUGAAUGCUGUUGAAACUUAACAUUCAGAUGCCAUAUUUAUGGAACGUGACUCUGAAACGCUGACAGAAGUUACUGAAGUUACCAACUAUGGAGGGAAUUAACCUUUUACAGAUUAUUCCUUUAAAUUCUUAUUCUAAACAUUUAUUUUCUUAUGACAUUUUUGUUUUUCAGUUUUAGUACAAAAUUUGACAUAUUUUUCAACUUGUACUUUCUGCACUGAGAGAGGAGAAGUUAUGAAAGCGCAGCAGGUAAAGAUGAGACAAAACUACGUAUGGAGAAAGACUUUUUGAACUUAAUAACAUUCUGUCUCCCUUUGUAGCCCCUCUUUUCUUCUCCCUCCAUGCCUCGUACUCUGCUCUUUAUCUUUCAUUAGGUUCUAAUUAGGAGAUGCUGACCAGCUGACCCCUAAUGAACACUUGAAAGGCACUAAUCAGUUGGAGUGUGUUUGUCAGGUGUACAAAUUCAGAUGUGUGUCCUGCUGUUUUAGUCAUCUGUAUGUGUGUGUGCACGCAUACACGUGUGUGUGUAUGUGGUGUUUUUAGGCACUGUCACGGCCAUUCCUUCUUUGAAAGCCCUGAUUUUGCACAGAUCCUUACCAGGCCUUCAGUUUUAGACAAACACCACACUACUCAUCUAAACGUACUCUGGACAAGCUGCAGAGGAUGUGCUUUGUCCUUUCGCUGCAGCAAACAGUUUUUGAAAAAUAUCAACAGACGUAAUAAUUGGUACAAAGAAAUUUUGAGCUGAGUUAGUGAAAUAGGUUGCUAUCUAGAGGUUUUGCUUUAGUUCCUAUUUGUGUUUGGGMUACUGGAGUCUAAUUGUGCCACAAUUCAACAAAGAUCUCAAACAUGAAAUGAACAAAACCAAUGCAUAGAUUAUUUAAGUAAGUACAAUUGUCUUGAUAAACGUGACUACAUGGAUUUUAGGUAUGGCAUGGAAGUUUCAGAGUUUUUUUAAUUAUCUUAUGGCUGUGGGCUGUAGAACAUCAGCUCUACCAGUCAAAGCCAGAGGUCCCAGAGUUUACGUGCUACAUAAGAAGCCACAGUGACAUUGGGGGAAAUAAGUUGGCGGCUGCUUACCGUAGUUGCUAGACCUGUUGUGGCUCAAUAUUGGUCUAUACAUAAGGCGCACCGGAUCAU